UAAAAACACUGUACCUUGACAACAAUGGUAUUUUCUCAAUUACUCCUCUGGAGCUUGGACGGCUAAGGAAACUUACACGCCUGUAUUUACAAUGUAACAUGAUUGACAGCUUACAAGGUUUGGAAGGAUUAUCAGAUUUGAUUGCUUUAGUACUUGACUGGAAUAGAAUAACAAGUGUGGCUCGUGAACAAGUGGCUGCAUUUUCCAAUCUAAAUGAACUUCAUCUUGAAAGAAACAGAAUAAGUAACUUAGGAUUUCUAAAGCAACUAAAGCAAUUACAGCGGCUAUACUUGAGUUACAAUAAAAUACAUGAUUUUGAUCAACUGAAGUAUGUUGCUGCACUGAAUCACUUGGAAGAACUUACACUUAUUGCUAACCCCAUCUGCCCCCAUCAUACAGCAUAUCAUGAUUUAACUGCAAUUCUUCCACGUUUCUAUAUUUAUAUUCAUAGUUGUGAUUCAGAUGAAUUACCACUGUGAGUGUGGAAAUUUGGUUUGUAUUUCUGUGUCUGUCCAGUAUCUUGAUCCCAUCCACUAUUGUCAAAGCAUGGAAUAUUUAAUUGAUAUUCAUAGAGGAAACUCCAUCAAUGUUAGCUAUGAGUCACA